CAGUGGACACCGUCGUGAUACCAGUGUACAGGUGCGUUAAUCACGGGCCGUCACUCCUCGCUCUUCAGCAUCCCGGCCUCAUCUCAGCUAGUUCCCUCAAGGGCCGGAGGCUGCGUGUGACCCCUUCAGGCAGCGUCAGUCCUGAUGGAUAUUACAGUGGUCCGACGAGACACAAAUCAAACAACGAGUGAGCUGCAGCUCCCAACAGCAGGAUCGCCAAGGGCAGCGCCGCGUCCCCCGGCCACUUCAUGACGGAGGAGGGGGAGGGGCAGGCGGGGAGGUGCCCGGUGAGGGUGCAGGAGCUACCCCCGGAGGAGGAGGCCCGCCUGGUGACCCUGGGGUUCAAGGGCUACACUGGGCUGGUGCGCACACAGCCUGGGGGGAUGUUGAUGAAGGCCAGGUAUAAGGAGAUGGCUCCGCGCUUCUACAACUUCGACUUCCGGCCUGACGACAUUGUGGUGAUGACGUAUCCGAAGUGUGGCACCACUUGGAUGCAGGAAAUUCUUUGGGGGAUGACUCAUUUGGACGAACUUGACGAAGCAGACCGUCUAGCCAUUUCUAACAGGACCUAUUUCAUUGACAGUGACGCCCUCUAUCGGCUGGAGGACCAGAUCAAAGACCGAUACGUGAUGGAGAGAUUUCGCUCGCUUUGUCCCGACGGGCGGCCCGAGCAGGGCAUCAUCUUGCAGUCGUGUAGAGCGCAGCCUCCUCAUCUCACCAAGCCAAGGAUCAUCAAGACGCACUUCCCCCUCUCGCUCUAUCGGCCUGAUCUCCUGGACAGGUGUAGGGUGGUGUACGUGUGUCGCAACCCCAAGGACGCCUGCGUGUCCUACCACCACCACUGCCGCCUAAUCAACACCUAUAGGUUCGAAGGGAGUUUCGAAGCCUUCACCAAAUCCUUCAUGGCAGGAGACGUCUUCUACGGCCGGUUCUGGGACCACGUGGCGCCUGCGUGGGAACGGAGGCGCCAUCCUCAUGUCCACUUCGUCUUUUACGAGGACCUGCAGCGCCACGGCCUCCAGCAACUCCACAAACUCGGGAGGUUCUUGGGCCUACAGCUUUCGCGAGAGCAGCUGGAGAUGGUCGCCAAGCAUGCCAGCUUUCCGCAGAUGAAGGCUCGCGACGCCCGGGUCCCCAUGGUCCUCAGCUCCUCGACCAACGGCGCUGUCGGGGGCUUCUUCAGGAAGGGCAUCACGGGCGACUGGAGCAACGUGGCCUCAGCUGAGCUCGAUGCCCUGAUGGAGGAGUGGGUACAGGAGCAUGCCGAGCCCUUGGGUAUCAGGUUUAAGUACGCGCCGUGUGAGUGAAGAAGAGAAAAAUAAGUUAAUAAUUGUCAAACUCGAGAGCCAUUGUGUCUUAAUGUGUCUGUCCAUCGCGUGGGUAGUGUGUUAGUGAGCAGUUAUUUAUGAGGUUAUUAAUGGUAGUAAUGGCAGUGGUUGUGAAAUUAUAGUGUGGUAUUUUUAAACAAUGAAAAAUAUUAUCCGGAUGGUAAGGGAAACAGUUAUAUAUAAUAAAGUAAUUUGUUAUCAUUAUCAGAGUAAGCACAUUCAUAACAUGGUUUAUUUUUUUUAGAUUAAAACUUUGUCGUUCGUAUAUCACAAAACCUGUGUCUGAUUACCAGCCACAAGGAGACACACUUUAACACGUUUUAUAUUUUCGUUGUCUCCGUUAUGUUGAAAUAAAUGUUACGUAAGGAUGAAUGUUUUUCUUAAUUAUAAAAAUAGAGCAACACUUAUUCAUUUGCCACUUCUGUGUGAUGAUGUUAUUAAAACCAGGUCUGUUGUU